UCAUUGCGUUUUUAAAGAAAAAUGAGCAAACAUGGAUCAAGUGGUGGCUUGAGGAAAGACUUUAUUUGGAAUUAUGUUAGAGAAGCUUCAGGUGAAAAGUAUAUUAGAUGCGAAUUUUGGGACCAUAUCUGCAGUGGAGGUUUAAGUCGCUUAAAGUAUCAAUUAGCUGGAACUCAUCAUGGAAUGAAACCUUGUUCUAAGGUUAGUGAUGAUGAGAGAUUGGAAUGCAGAACGGCUUUAUCAAAUUUUAAGGAACAAAAAUUUAAGCGAAAUCAGUCAUUCCACGAAUUUGGUAUGGGACAAAAUUUAACUAGUAAGAGUGUUUCUUCGAAAUUGAUGGCAAAUUUGAGGGUUAAUAGGAUGGAUAGUGGGGGUGAUAGUGGGAGUUAUAGUCAACAACAAAAACCUAAGGGACCUGUACCUAAGUUCACCACUACAAAAUAUCGACAAGCUACUUUAGAGUUUAGAUCAAAGCAAGAAGAAAGAAAAGAAGUUUGUAGGAAAAUUGGACGUUUUGUGUAUUCAAAAGGUCUUCCUUUUAAUGUGGUGAAUGAUUCAUAUUGGGCUUCUAUGGUUGAUGCUAUUGCAAAUUUUGGACUGGAUUUAAACCUCCUACUAUGCAUGAGUUGAAGACUUGGAUUCUUAAAGAAGAGGUAGACAAUAUUAAUGUCAUGAUGGAAGAGCAUAAAAGAGCCGGGAAAGAUUAUGAAUGCACAAUCAUGUUAGAUGGUUGGACAGAUGGAAAUCGUAGGUUUCUUUCAAACUUUCUCGUGAAUGGUCCUGCCUGCACUUGGUUUAUAAAUUCCAUUCAUGCAUCUGAUAGCAUUAAAUGUGGUGAACUCUUGUUUAGUAAUUGAACAAAUUCAAGUUAUCAGCCCUAAUGCCGGAAAUUAUGAGAAUGCUGGAAUGAAGCUGAUGGAGAAAAGAAAGAAACUAUGGUGGACUCCAUGUGCUGCCCAUUGUAUCGAUUCAAUUUUGGCAGACAUUGGGAAGCUUAAAAUUCAUCAUGAAACACUUAUGCAAGCAAAGCAGCUAGUGAAGUUCAUAUAUAGGCAUACCUCGGUUCUUAGUUUGAUGAGGUGAUUUACAAAGAAUGAUGACUUCUUCUCCAGCAAUUACACGUUUUGCUACUGAAUUUUUGACACUCCAAAGCCUGUAUAAACAAAAACAAGCCUUAAUUACGAUGUUUUCAUCAUCGGCAUGGUGUUCAAGUACUUGGGUUAAAAAAGCUGAAGGUAUAAAAGCUAAGGCUACGUUGUUGUUUGAUCCAAAUUUUCGGCCUCAUGUUGCAUAUUGUAUUAAGAACACAAUCCCAUUGGUAAGAAUUUUGAGAGAGGUCGAUUCAGAAGAAAGGCCUGCCAUGGCUUAUAUUUAUAAGUUGAUGGAUUCUGCCAAAGAAAUGAUUGCCUUUAAUUGUUCAGGCAAUGCUAGAAAAUAUAAGCCACUUGGGAAUAGAAUAGAUACAAGAUGGACUCCACAACUUCAUCAACCUUUACAUGCUGCAGGAUACUAUCUGAAUCCUCAAUUUUGCUAUGCAGAUGAGUUUUCCAAUGUUGAAGUGGUGAGGGAAGGAUUAUUUGAAUGCAUGGACCAAAUGUUAGAUUAUGAUGCUCAUCUGAAAGCUGAUAGUCAGAUUCAUCUGACCAAGCAAAAGGUGAAUUUGGAAGCCAUGUGGCAAUUGACUUUCGAAAAUUACGAUCUCCAGUUAAUUGGUGAUUGCACUUUGGUGGUUCAACACCAGAAUUGCAAAAAUCUGCUGUUCACGUAGUUAGUCUCACUUCUUGCGUUUUAGGAUGCCAGAGGAAUUGGAGUUUCUAAUGCUUUGGGAUGCAAGAGGAAUUGGAGCACUUUUGAGUAGAUAAUAAUUAUAUUUUAAUGCUUAUUAUUGAUGGGUUUAAUAUUUCAUGUUGUAUUUGAAAUUUAUAAUUUUUAAUACACUUUUCUUCUAAUAAUUGUAGAUCCGUACAAAAAAAAGGAAUAUACUUGAAUAUAAAAGGUUGAAUGGUUUAGUGUAUCUGAGGUACAACACUGGAUUGAGAGACAGAAGUAUAAAAAGAAGACAAAACAUUGAUCCUGUAUUACUGGAUGAAAUUGACUUGGAUGGUGAAUGGAUUGCAGAAAAAGAAGUUCCCCUCCUUCCACAUGAUACUUCUUGUCUUGAAGAUAAAGAUUUAUUCAAUGUUGAUGCUGUUAGAAAUGUGUCAUUCAAGCCUUGUGAAAGUGGCGAAGAGGCAAAAGGCAAGGAUAAAGACAUUUACUCAAGAUUAACUAAUGAAGAAGUCAAGUUAGAUGAAGUGGUAGGAUAUGCAGAUGCAAGUUUUCCCACUAGUGAUGAUCUUGAUGAUGAUUAUGAUAUUGAUACAGAUAAUUUAAUCUGAUCUGAAUUAGUCCAUCAGUGUUUUUAAACUUUAUGCUAACUUGGGAAUUGGGGAUUGUUGAUCUUAGAUCAGCAUGUACAUAUACCUGAAACCAACUUUGGACUCUUGUAUUCUCUUGGAUUGGAAGCUUUAAAUCUAACACUUGUACAAUUUAUUGAUAUUUAUUCCCAUAUUUCAAAAAGAUCAAGAAAAAAACAUUUCAAGUGGAGAGCAGGAAUUAAGGCAAACAGGUUUUUCUGCUUUCAAGGAUUUAUUUUUAUGUUUUCUCACUAAAAUUGAUUCUUGUUAUUUUGUUUUUGUUUUUGUUUUUUUUCCUUUUUCAUCCUCCUUUCCAGCUGGAUUGUUAGCACAUGAUAUUCUGAGGAGUCACACUCCCGAAGCGAUUGCAACUUCUAAUUUGGAGGUGGACUUUCCUUUUAACCCCAUCACACUCCCAGAUAGGUUGAUAGGUUGAAUAUAUAAUGCUACAUGACUUGUUAAUAGUUUUAUUAGAUAUAGGAAUUAGUAAUAUAUGAAUGGGGAUUCCAAUUAACAUAACUUUUAUUUCCAAAAAAAUGAUAUUGUAGAAGCUUAGCCACGAAUGCAAUUCUUGGAAUUUAAAAUUAUUCAAUGAAAAUGGCUUUGCGUAUUAUAAUAUUAAUCAAUGACCAAGGUUUAUUAAUUAAGUUGUUUAGAAUUUUGUGGUGAUUAAUUAAACUUUUUAAUAAUUAAGCAAUGGCCAGUCCUUUUUCCUUGAAACAGGCUGCCCCAAAUUACAAGGUUCCCCAGAAUAUGCUGGUAUGAUGCCUAACAAGAUUUGUCAGGGCGUCAAGGCCAAGACUUUGCCCCAUUGACCUUCCAACUUACUAUUCUUACUAAUGAUGCAGUGGGCUGUAAAUUUGGUAAACCAACUUAGUAACUGUUCAUCAGAAUAUGCCGGUGUGAUGCCUAACCAGAUUUGUCAGGGCGUCAAGGCCAAGACUUUGCCCCAUUGACCUUCCAACUUACUGUUCUUACUAAUGGUGCAGUGGGUUGUAAAUCUGGUAAACCAACUUAGUAGAUGUUCAUCAGAGUGGAAGAAGGAACAAAUUCAUACAUGGCCACUUCUGGAAUAGACGUCUUGAUUUGCAGAAUAGUCACACUCAUCGAGAAUGAAAUAUCAUUAUAUGGAGGAGUUCACAAAGAAGUUGAGAAAAUCAAGCAUGAGCUUCUAACUAUGAAAUCCUUCUUGGAGGAUACUAAAUCAAAGGGAGCUCAUGAUAGUGAAGUAUGGAAAACAUGGGUAGCAAACGUGAGAGACAUGGCCCAUGAUGUUGAAGAAAUCGUUGAUGAGUUCAACUAUCAUCUCAACAAGCAACAUAGUUCGAACAAAUUUACAAGAACCUUAUGGAAAAUGGUGGAUGCCCCCAAGACUAUUUGGGUCAGGAGCCAAAUUGCGAAGAAACUGCAAGAAAUCAAGAAAGCAAUCAGAGAGAUAGCAGAGAGACACCAACGUUAUGGGCAGUUGGGUGGUGAGACAAGCCAAAUUGUUCAUUCAGAGGGCAUAAUGUUGCAUACCAACUGGGUGAGGAAUCAUGCUGAAUCAUCUCUUUUCAUGAAAGACGAUGAUCUUGUGGGAAUCAAAGAUGUAAAAGAAAAAUUGAUGGGUUUGUUGUUGAAUGAAGGUCAGCAGCAACGCACUAUUAUUUCAGUGGUUGGAAUGGGGGGUUCUGGUAAGACAACUCUAGUUGCUAAUAUCUUUAACAGUCAAAAAGUGAGACAACAUUUUGAUUGUUAUGCAUGGAUUACUGUCUCACAAACUUACACCAUCGAAGAAUUACUCAGAAAUAUGAUUAAAGAAUUAUAUACUGCACCAAAUGAAGAAAUUCCUAUAAACUUGAGCAACAUGAGCUAUAGAGAAUUGGCUGAGAUUCUCCUGAAUUACUUGCAAUCAAAGAGAUAUUUGGUUGUCUUGGAUGACGUUUGGAACAUAAAUCUGUGGAGAGAAAUAAAUGUAGCGCUUCCAAAUGGAUUGCAAGGAAGUCGGGUGAUGCUGACGACACGGAAAGAAGACAUUGCUGCUUUCUCAUUUGGAGUUGGAAGUCAGGUUCACUUUGUUCAACCACUUGGCGAAAAUGAGGCUUGGAACCUUUUUUGCCAGAAAGCUUUCUCUAUGAAAUAUUGUCCGCCAGGGCUUGAAUUCUUUGCCAGAGGCCUUGUGGAGAAGUGUAAAGGCUUGCCUCUAGGACUUGUCACUUUGGGAGGUUUCAUGUCUUCAAAAUUGUUGGAGUCUGAGUGGAGAAGGGUCUAUAAUAGCUUCAACUGGGAGCUAAGCAACAACCCUAUAUUUGAUGUUUUGAGAAGCAUCUUGUUAUUAAGCUUCAAUGAUUUACCUUACCGACUUAAGCAUUGCUUCUUGUAUUGUUGUAUGUUCCCAGAAGACUAUGUGAUCUUCCGAAAUAGGCUCAUUAGACUAUGGAUAGCGGAAGGUUUUGUCGAACAAAUUAGAGGGUUGACAUUGGAGGAAACAGCCGAGAACUAUCUAACUGAACUCAUUCGCCGAAACAUGCUUCAAGUGGUCGUAAACUCUUGUGGAAAGCCAAAAGCAUGUAAAAUGCAUGAUAUCUUACGAGAGCUCGCCCUUUCAAUUUCAGAGGUGGAGAAGUUUUGCAAUGUAUUCAUGGGACAACAAGAAACAAACGAAGAGAAAAGAUCUCGCCGCAUAUCUCUUCAAGCUAAUAAUGGACAACUAAGUUCAUUUGAGGGCUUGGCAAAGGUUCGCACUUUCUUUGCAUUUCUUCCAAACAUGAUCACCUCUUAUUCGUUGCAUGCAUUGCCAUCUGGUUUCAAAAUGCUAAAAAUCUUGGAACUUAAAGGCGUUCCAAUUCAGGUGCUACCAUAUGAAAUAGCUCACUGUUUCAGUUUAAACUACUUGAACUUGAAAAAAACCAGAGUUAAAGAACUCCCAAAGUCCAUAACAAAACUUAACCACUUGCAGACUUUAGAUGUUAGAGAAUCUGAAAUUAAGGUGCUUCCCCAUGGAAUUGCAAAGUUGAAAAAUCUUCGCCAUCUGAUGACUUCCCGUUAUAGUGAAAGACCAAGUUUUGAAUUUUUGUCUUUCUAUGGCAUAAAAGCACCAUCUAGUAUAUUUGAGUUGAAGAAUCUACAAGUUUUGUUUGGUGUUGACGUUGGAGAUGAAUUUAUGGUCAAAAGACUUGGAAACAUGACCCAGCUUACAAGGCUUGGUAUUACAAAGGUGAGAGGAGAAUAUGAGAAAGACUUGUGCGUGGCAAUUGAGAAAAUGACACUCCUCCAAUUGCUGCUAGUUAUGGUAGCUGAUGUUGACGAAGUAUUAAGAAUGGAAGAAUUAUCAUCAGCUCCUCCACUUCUAGACAAGCUUAUAUUGGUUGGAAAACUGGAGAAAAUACCAUUCUGGUUUAACUCACUCCAGAGCCUCACAAGUUUGAAACUGCGAUGGUCUAGACUAGCAGAAGAUUUUCUCCAUUGUAUCCAAGAAUUGCCCAAUUUGGCUGAUCUUAGACUCUACAAUGCAUAUAAGGGAAACUCAUUGUGCUUUCUUGGAGGUUUCCAAAAGCUUGUGCGUUUAAGGUUGUUCCUUUUUCCUGAAUUGAAUGAGAUAAUCAUAGAAAAAGGAGUUAUGCCCCAUAUUCAACUGCUGGAAAUUGGUAGGUGCUAUGAGCUAAAGACAUUGCCUUAUGGUAUCGAACAUCUUUCAGAUCUUAGUAGAUUGAAUCUGCUAAGCGUUUCAAAUGAGCUUAUACAGCGGGUGCGCGGAGUCGAUCGUCCGAAGAUUCUACAUAUUUCCAACAUUGAUCAUGUCUAUGAAACCCAAUCUGGCUGGUGUCGUGAACGUCUGUCUUGAUUUAUUUAUUUAUUUUUUUACAUGUAAGACAUUCUCAAAUUGGAUCUUGGUUUGUAUUUAUUUCUAUUUUUCCUCGUUAUUGUAUUUCCAAAAUUUCCAUUUUGUAGUUUUAUAAUGAAUAUGUUUAUAUUA